CCGCCCGGAUUUUCGCCGGCAGUUGCGCCGUGGGGCUCCCCUCUUGAAGCCCCGCCCCGAGCCUUUCCCUAGCUCCUGGCUACUCCUCCACCAACCUAUCCGCGCGAGAUCCUCCGUCCCUAGAUCUUCUUCCCCCCUGCUGCAAUCGAUCUAGAUUCAAUUUGGUUUUCCACGACUUCUACGCGAAUCGUAUGCAAAGGAGACAUGCUACAUAUGGGUGAAUUUUCGUGGGGCGGGGUUCGAUUUUGUAAGGAUCGGUUCGUGUCCGUGUGUGGCACGGGAUGUUUCUGUGCGGGACAGGAGAAAGGGCGAGACGGAGAACUCUCGUUUCUGGUUUAGAACCAACCGUUACAUAAUGGCAUUAUGCAGUAGUAUGUGGUUUGGUGGGAGGGUAAAUUCGUCCAAUAAAAAGUUGAACGGAAAUUUUGGCAGAAACCUUAGCUCCUUUAUUAUUAGGUAUAGAUAUAUAUAUAUGUAUAGAUUUUCCAAUCAUUGUAUCAUGUAAUAUUUGUUACGAUAAAUGUAUGCGGUAUUGAUUGUUAAAAAAUAUACGUUUUCUAUGCUACGAGGAAAAAAAAUGUUGAUUCGAUUCAGACGCGCCGAUCGAUCCGCGUGUUGUAUCCGUGGACGUGCCGAACUUACCUACCUACCAAACCAAACUUUCCCUUGUCUCCUUUCCCCGCCGCUUCCUCGUCACAAAUCCGACUCCCUUCGAGAGAAGAGAAACCGAAGGCAAUGCUGGCGUGGAAGGAGAAGGUGGCCGACAGGCUCGCCCGCCUCCUGGCCGACUCCCCUCCCACCUCCUCCACCGCCGUCCAGCCGCAGGCAAUACCUUUUCCAGCAGAGCAUUUUACUUCCCCCAGCAAAGGAUCAUUAUCAUCUUAUGUGAUGUCCCUUCUGCCAACCUCAAACUCAGGACAUGAAGAUGCCUCGCCUUUUGCUAGAAGUAUGAGACCAUUACCUCCUGAAUCACUUGCUAAGCGAUGGAGAGGGAAUAAUUUCUCAUGGAAAGAUCGUCCGCUAGACUUGAGCGAAGGGUCUGGUUCUGAAAGUGAGAGAGAUGAAAUGAAUGGAAGUUCUAAUAACAACCAUAUCCUCGAGUCACACAGGUCCGAGGAUAACCAUAAUGCUAAUGGGGAAACAUCAACGUCAGACCACUUAGGCUCUAUUUAUUAUUUAACGGAAAAGUCUAGAUUUGUAUCCCCAAAAUUGUUUGGGUUCUUUCAGUCUUCACUCCCUGGGACUUUAAAGGGAUGCCACUGGGUAUUGCUCUAUAGCACUUGGAAGCAUGGAAUAUCUCUAAGAACACUUCUUCGUAGAAGUGAGCAUCUUCAGGGUCCAUGCCUAUUGAUUGUAGGGGACAUGCAAGGGGCUGUUUUUGGUGGGUUACUGAAUGGUCCUUUGAGGCCUACAGAGAAAAGGAAAUAUCAGGGGACAAAUCAGACAUUUGUAUUCACAACUAUUUAUGGUGAACCAAGACUUUUUAGACCAACUGGUGCAAACAGGUACUACUAUUUGUGCUUGAAAGAUACUUUGGCAUUUGGAGGUGGUGGGAACUUUGCGUUGCGACUUGAUGAAGAUUUGAUACAUGGAACCAGUGGAUCAUGUGAUACAUUUGGGAACUCAUGUUUGGCUCAUGGUCCCCAUUUUGAAAUGAAGAAUGUUGAGCUGUGGGGUUUCUCCCAUUCACGGGGAGGUUCGACAUAGCUGAUGAUGGCUACCGUUGCAUGUUAUGAAAUGCAGCAGUGUGCACAUCAUUUUUUUAACUUGAGGGUAUACUAGUACAUCAAUGUACCUCUGGUGUAAGAAAAUAAAGUGUGAAGUUGCCGGUGCUGGUGCUGCUAUUGAUUCUGGAUCUGAAUAGUCUGAUGAAUUACCUGCUUGUCUUUCUGGCAGAAUGAUGAUUACAUUUUUAGUACGAUGUCACAGUAACGCUUGUGACUUCCUCUUUAUGUCUUGAGGCAAUGAUUUAUC